GGCUGGCGGGCGGGCGGGCGGGGUGGCCUCAGGACGGGGAGGAGUUAACCCAGGUUGUUGCCCACUUGAAGCGACGUCAACGGGCUCAGCUCUCACUUCCUUUUGUUUCUCCUCUUCCUUGUGGGAACGCUGCCUGCCUGAGCCUGAAGCUUUUUUCUUCUUUUUUUUUGUAUUAAAAAAAAAGCAGGGGAACGGGGGAGAGGGAGAAAAUGAAUCUUUACCCGAUUAGCUCUGGAAUGGGGUAGAUAUUUUGCUGCUUUUUUUUCUCUCGAAUCUGCGUUCAUCAAAAUGGAAGGGAACAGAACUCAAGCAAAUCUACAAGUCCUGUCAAAUGCAAGAGUUAUUAUUAUUGUUGUCUUAAAUUGCACGUUGUCGUGCGUCAUGGGGAAUUGUUACGAAGAGUGAAAGGAAUAGAUUUAACCCCGCCCGCAAGUAUGCUUCCACGGUACCUGGUGAAAAUUUGGGUGUUUUGGGGAACGGCUGGUGUGGCACUUUCUCAAGGACAAGGAAAAGAAUCCACGGCUCCUUAUGGCCCUGAGUGUAGUUUGUUUGAUUGGCGACAAUAUCAUAGUAAUACAAAGUUGGGUUACAGUGAAAGUAACCUGACAAAGUCCUCCAUGGAUCUAUGGAGAUUUACAUCUCAAAAGUUAAUAGAAGCAUUCCCGCUUGAUCCCAUCAGAGAAAACUAUAUCCGCCGGGUGAAAGGUUGUAUUUUUUCUUCUGUUGCUCCUGCACCAUUCAAGUCUGCGGUCAAACUUGUAGCAGUGUCAAAGGAGGUUUUGGAAGAUCUGCUGGACCUGGAUGUGUCUGUUGCAGAGACGGAGGAGUUCAUUCAAUUUGUCAGUGGUGGGAGAGUGAGGCCAGGAUCAGUGCCUAUGGCUCAUAGAUAUGGUGGUCAUCAGUUUGGAGUCUGGUCUGGCCAACUGGGAGAUGGAAGAGCCCAUUUGCUGGGCGAGUAUGUUAACAGGCACGGGGCACGAUGGGAGCUCCAGUUGAAAGGCUCAGGCAAGACUCCAUAUUCUCGACAUGGUGAUGGCCGAGCUGUUCUCCGUUCUUCAGUCCGGGAGUUUCUGUGUAGUGAGGCUAUGCAUUAUCUUGGGAUUCCUACCACUAGAGCAGUCAGUCUCGCUGUGAGUGGCGAUAAUGUGUUGAGAGACGAGUUCUACAACGGAAAUGUAAAGAAUGAAAAAGGGGCAGUUGUUCUUCGAGUAGCUAAAUCGUGGUUUCGGAUUGGAUCACUAGAAAUCCUAGCACAUUCUGGAGAGACUGAAUUGUUAAGGAAGCUGGUGGAUUUUAUUAUAAAAGAACACUUUCCAUUUAUAAACAUGACCAAUCAGGACAGAUAUCUGGACUUUUUCUCCCGAGUUGUGACUGAUACUUCACAUCUCAUCGCAAAUUGGAUGUCAGUGGGAUUUGCACAUGGUGUGUGUAAUACAGACAACUUCAGUUUACUCUCUAUUACCAUCGAUUAUGGUCCAUUUGGUUUUAUGGAUUCCUACGAUCCCAAUUUUGUACCAAAUGCAUCUGACGAUGAGGCACUUUACGAAAUUGGGAACCAAGCCAACAUUGGGCGAUAUAAUUUAGACAAACUGCGACUGGCACUGAAUCUUUUAUUGGACCCCAAGCAACAACUGGUGGCUCAACAAAUUCUGAAAGGGUACCCUGAUCUUUAUCAGACAAAAUUCCAGGAGUUGUUCGGAGCUAAAUUGGGCUUGUUUGGACAUGAAAGUGGUGAUGAUUAUUUGAUUGCAUACUUGCUGAAGCUAAUGGAAGAUACAAGAGCUGAUUUUACAAUGUUAUUUCGCCAUCUCAGUGAGAUUACCCACAAACAACUCGAGCUUAACAACAUCCCAGAGGAAUUCUGGGCUCUUCAACAGCUUGGAAGACAUGAAUUCUUCUCCCACUGGGUUAAUUUGUAUCUGUCCAGGUUGAAGAGGAACUCAGAUAAGGAUUCAGAUAAGGCAAGGAGAUUCAGAAUGAAAAGUACCAACCCAAGGUACGUUCUCCGCAACUGGAUGGCAGAGUCUGCAAUCAAGAAAUCGGAGAGAGAUGAUUUUUCUGAGGUUCACCUUCUGCAGAAGACUUUGCGCCAUCCUUUUCACAAGCAGAGAGAAGCAGAGGAAGCAGGUUAUUCUAGUCGUCCGCCUUUGUGGGCUAGAGAGCUACGUGUCAGCUGUUCUUCCUGAAGAUGACCAUAAGCCACGAUAUAGUGGCAAAAUCUCUCGCUUGUACUUUGAAGUUAUAUAUAAUUCUUAAAUGUAGAAAACAAAUGGACACUGUUGCAAGGUCCAUU